CAUUCACACCUGAAGCAUCACUCGUCUGUCGCCGUGUCCUCGCCGGUGCUGCAGCUUUUAGACUUUUCUGCUCAUUUUCACACCCGAGUCCAACUAAUUUAGUCUUUUUUGUGCAGAAAUGUCAGGCAGAGUUAUAUUUGUGCUGCUGCUGCUGAUUGUAUCUGAUGCAGUCUGCUCACCUGAGACGACUGCAGCUGGAGAGGUGAGACAAACAAACGUUCUGCAGAAACUUCUGGCCCAGAUGAAGGCCGGAGCUCGGAGUGAGAGACGAGCGCAUCUGUCUGAGGACCAACGGGAGAUGAUGACCAAACAAAUCGUGCAGGCCCUUUCAGAGGUGAUGAACUCCGAGUGCAUGUCGGACCGGGACUACCAGGGCUGGGUGGACUUUGGACGGCGGGACGCAGAAUGAGGAACGUUGUUGUAAACAAAACAGAAACAUGAUAAAUAAAGAAAGUU